AUGGAAGGCUACAUGAUUCGGGUACCGACGGAAGCAUGCUUCCCGGAUCCAUGUCCUACUUCGAAACAACAGUCCAAUGCAAACCAACCAAUUUGUUCGCGUGCACUCUACUACGUAAUUGAAGCAGGCUAUUUGCGUGGCUACGAGGCACCGAACGAUGUCAAUGAGCCAGUUGAAUCUUUUCGGUUGACCAGCUAUCGUCUCGAGGUUAACACCAUGUAUUCACUCAAUAUUUUCGAGAUAAAGGCACGAAUCGUGAAAAUGCGUCUACCUCAAGAAUUUGUCGAAGAUACUUUGAGUUCAGACAACAUCAACGAUGGCAAUGAGCAAGCCGAUUCAGUUGCGUUGUAUACGCCCCAAACGCCCAACGCAACGUCGCCAAACGUAACUAACAACAGCUACCAUGUUGUAUUCUUUGCCGCAAACACAGAUCUCGUCAAAAAAUGGUCCGUAGAGCUGCUCAAUUGGAAUCGUUUCGUGUUUGGACCUUCCGCUGACCAUGAUGAAACAGAGCUCAAGGCAGCAAAAUUGGAGAUAGUUCAUGCCUUGGACGUAGUAAACGCUGCAAAUCGAUUUCUCCGGCCAGUCAAAAUACUGACACCACAUCAGAUCGAAACGAGGACAACUGACUCCCCAGCGAGCACGUUGGAAAAAGAUCGCGUCAAUGCUGCGUCUCUCAACGUGCCAACGCUUGCUCUUGACUCAAGUAACCUUGCUUUGACGGAAAGAGCCGAUCCAACCCCGAUCGACGACUUGGCAGAAGUUGUAAAACUCUCGGACUUGUCGACACAACCGCCAAAUCCGUGGUGGAUAGCCUCGUUUUGGAGACACAGGAAAAUCUCGUCGUGUUCACUUGGGCGUUAA